AUUUCGAAGUUGCACAAUGAUGAACGUUACAUGACCUAAAACGCUUGGUUCAGAAACAGAUAAAGUUGUUGUGUAAACUAACAUCACAAUUCGUCCGAGAUGUUGAAAACAACAGGAAGAGUGUUCAGCGGCCUCCAAAGUGCAACUCUCAGCCGAGGCAGAUUUAUUAAAAACACUUCAACGACCGUCAGUGUGCGGCCUGUGGUUCUGAGCCCUCUGACGUCUGCUAAGUCCAAGCCCCCCACAGAUGAAGAGACAGUAAACGAGGAGCCCAUCAAGUUCUCCACCAGUAAGGCUAGUCACAGGACCUGGAAGGUUGAACAUUCCAUGGGAAGCCAGUACGAGCGGCCCUGGUGGAAAGUUGUCCCCAUCAUGCUGCUCGGCUCAGCCCUCCUCCUGUGGUGCUUCCUGAGGGAGGAGACGGACAUCGACGCACAGCUGAACAAGCAUCUGUACGAAAGGUUACCUGGCUUGCUUUCAGAUGAAGAGGCAGAGCAAGUCGAGAAGAAAUGACAUGAAACUUAUGUGUCAUUUUAUUCAUACUGGCUCAAUCUGCCACAAGGACAUGUUGAACUGGGAUAACUCAUUGCUCAAGUUGAAUCAAGCUUUGUUGCUACAAUAGUUCUGAAAGUUAUGCCAUUCAUUCUUGUUGAAGAACAUGGAAUAAACAUUUUGCAUUUGAACUGGACAAUAACUCGACUGUUCUGUCACUAGAUGUAUUAAAUUGUUGCAGCUACAGUCGUGAAAAAAUAUAACACCUCUUUAAAGAUUCAGUCUCAGAAAAAAAGUCCACAUCUUGAUGUUUAAUCUUGUUUUGUCUCUGGAAAAUAAAGUUAUUUAAUUGCAGGGAAGCUAGAAAAUAACCUAAUGAUGUCCAGGUCCUGCUGCAGCAGUCUUCU